AUGGGUGAUGGGCAGGAAAGUACUUUGAUCCUCCAAAGCCCCAAACAUGGCAUUGGCAACCUGAUGGAAAAUCAUGUCAAACUGGAACAGAGAACCACCCUGAAGAAACAUGUUGCAAUAAUAGUAAUUGCGUCUUUUAUCAUUCUUGCAACAAAACGAAGCAAAACUCCCCAGAGGCUCAGAUGGGCCUGGCCGGGAACCACUGCUUGUCACGGAUUAUUCCCGUGCCAGGCUGUACACGGACACCCCUUUCCCCCUCCGGCCGCUGCGCCGGCCUUGCUGUCCUGCCUCUGUGUGUUCUGUGGCUCCUGGCUGGUGCCCUGGGACUCCAGGGGCCUCACGCUUGGCUCUCCCGCCAUCUCCCCUGCAGACUUUUUCCAGGGCAAACACUUCUUCCUGUACGGGGAGUUCCCGGGGGACGAGCGGCGGACGCUCAGCCGUUAUGUCACAGCCUUCAACGGGGAGCUUGAGGACUGUAUGAGCGACCGGGUACAGUUUGUGAUCACGGCACAGGAGUGGGACCCCAGCUUUGAGGAGGCCUUGAUGGACAACCCCUCCUUGGUGUUCGUCCGUCCCCGGUGGAUCUACAGUUGCAACGAGAAGCAGAAGUUACUUCCCCACCAGCUCUAUGGGGUGGUGCCCCAGGCGUGAAGUAUGUGCUCACACACACAUGAGUUUAAUAAACGUGACUUGGUUUGGAGCAGCUGCUCCUCUCACCCAUGUCUCCCAGAACCCACAACAGGUUCCCAGCUUUCUGU